AUGGCGGAAAAGUCCAAAAACAGCUCGGGCAAGAGCUCCAAUGAUGAGCGUUUUGCCAAGAUCCACAGAGAUCCGCGAUUUAAUCUCCCGAAAAAGAAGGCAAUCAAGGGCGAUAUCGAUUCCCGAUUCAAAUCAGCCCUGGACUCCGAUGACCGGUUCAAGUCGACGGCCUCUAUUGACAAGUACGGCCGCAGAGUCGAGAAAAAAGACGUCAAAGAGCAGCUCAAACGCUAUUACAACUUAGAACAGGAAGAUGGCUCGGAGAGCAGCAGUGAAAGCGAGGGCGAGGCAGCCACUGCAAAGCUCGAUCGUAUGCGGGGUGAAGGCAUGUCCGAUAUGUCUUCGUCUGAGGACGAUUCCAGCGAUGAAGAGGAGAGCGAGCCCGAACUUGACUACGACCAAGAUGAAUACGAACUCAAUAACCAGAACGUCAAACAGGGCGAUGCCUCGCGCCGCCUAGCUGUUGUGAAUCUGGACUGGGACAAUGUUAAAUCGGUUGAUCUCAUGGCCACGUUUGCUGGUUUUGUCCCUCCAAACCGCCGUAUCAACUCUGUGAAAAUCCUCCCUAGUGAAUACGGCAAAAAACGCAUGGCAGAGGAGGAAAUCGAAGGACCUCCCCGCGAUCUAUUUGAUGAAAAGGAGGACGACGCGCAAGAGGCUAAUGAUGAUGGUGCCGAUUAUAGCAGUUCUCGUUUGAGAAAAUACCAGCUCCAGCGGCUUCAGUACUAUUAUGCAAUCGUCGAGUGUGAUUCGGUUGAAGCUGCCAAAGCCAUCUAUGACAAUUGCGAUGGAACAGAAUACGAGAGCACUGCAAACUUCUUCGACAUAAGGUAUGUUCCGGAUGAGAUGGAAUUCACAGAUAAACCUCGAGAUGAGUGCUCCAAGGUCCCCGCCAAUUACCAGCCGAAUGUUUUUACUACUGAUGCCUUGCAGCACUCCAAAGUGAAGUUGACUUGGGAUGAGACGCCCAAAGAGCGACAAAAGUUUGUUGCGAAAGCAUUCAGCCAGCACGAGGUUGAGGAUAUGGAUGUUAAAGCGUAUCUUGCAAGUGAUAGUGAAGAGGGGGAACCUGAAGAUGUUAUGUCAAAAUACAAAGCUUUGCUUGGAACUGAAGACGCUACCGGCAAAAGUGAUAGUGAUGUCGAUAUGGAAAUCACUUUCAACCCGGUUCUUGAAGGCAAAAGCGCUAAAAUCGAAGUGCUUGAUAAACAACAGCCGUCCAUUGAUGACGACGAAAACCUCACAACUAUCGAAAAGUAUCGUCUCAAGGAAAAAGAACGUCGUAAGAAGCGUAUGGAGCGUGCCAAAGCUCGUCGUGAAGCUGAGCAAGAUGAUUCAGAAGAGGACUCGGCCAAGAAGCGCGCGGAGCUCGAGCUGCUGAUGAUGGAUGACGACCUCAGCAAAGUUCAAAAUUCUACUGAUGCUGAAAAGUCCAAGUCUAAAAAGCUCACUAAACGUCAGGUCAAGAAGAAGGCGUUGGAAGAAGCUGAAGAGAACUUUGAUAUCCAGGAUCCUCGUUUCCAGGGACUGUUUGAGGAUCCUGACUUUGCUAUUGAUUCAACCGUUCCUCAGUUCAAAAAGACGAAGGCCAUGGAGAAGGUUCUUUCCGAACGUCGCCGUCGCCAAGCCACUCUUGGUGACGAACCUCCUAGCAAGAAAAAGAAGACAAAUGGCAAGAAGGAUGAUCUGUCUUCUUUGGUGAACAAACUUAAAAAUAAACGACCAUAG